ACGGCCAAGUCAAAGCUAGCGUCUGUCUUGAGGGUUACUUUCGUCAUUGCACAAGUUUCUAUCCAUCCAGUCUUCUUCCUCCCUUCCUCUGAACUUUCUUCGUCUUCGAUUCCUUGCUUCCCCCGUCGAUCUCGCUCUCUGACUCUGACAACAUAGAGAAAACUCUCUACUGCUUUCACACCUCAUGGCGGAGAACGGCGAAGAAAAGCUACUCGCCGUAGCGCGCCACAUAGCCAAGACCCUAGGCCACAACGAAUCCAUGGCCGACGACAUCUUACAGAUCUUCUCCACCUUCGACGGCAGAUUCUCCCGCGAGAAGCUCUCCGAGGAUCACCAACCCGGAGACGACGGAUCAUCCGGAGUCGCCUCACUCGAGCGAGCUCUCAACUCCCUAGACUCCCAGAUCUCCCGCUUCAUCGCCUCCGAUCAGCCAAUCUGGUCCGAUCCCGCCGACUCCGCCGCCUUCCUCGACUCCAUCGACGAGCUCGUCAACCUCACAAGAGACUGGAGCCACGCCUCCUCCGAGAAACCUAUCGGCACGCUCCUCUCACGCGCCGACGACAUGAUGCAGCAGGCCAUGUUCCGCGUCGAGGAGGAGUUCAGAUCCCUCAUGGAUCACGGCGCCGAGUCCUUCCCUGUUAACCACCGUUUCGACUCCGAAGAGGAAGAAGACGAAGAAGAAGAAGAAGAAGUAGACUACGACGAUACUACUCAGAUCCCCGUGGCACAGCCCCUCACCGACUACGACCUCAUCAUCGACGCCCUCUCCUCCGCCACGAUCAACGACCUCCACGAGAUGGCCAAGCGUAUGCUCGCUGCUGGAUUCGGGAAAGCCUGCUCGCACGUCUACAGCGCCUCAAGGAGAGAGUUUCUCGAAGAGAGCGUGUCGAGGCUAGGCCUUCAGAAGCAGCUCAGCAUCGAGGACGUUCACAAGAUGCAGUGGCAGGAGCUCGAGGACGAGAUCGACCGUUGGAUCAAAGCAGCCAACGUCGCGCUACGUAUCCUCUUCCCGAGCGAGCGGCGUCUCUGCGACCGCGUCUUCUUCGGAUUCUCCUCCGCCGCAGAUCUCUCCUUCAUGGAGGUCUGCCGCGGCUCCACGAUCCAGCUCCUGAACUUCGCGGACGCCGUUGCGAUCGGGAGCCGUUCGCCUGAGAGGCUGUUUAAGGUGCUCGACGUGUUCGAGACGAUGAGGGAUCUGAUGCCGGAGUUUGAGUCUGUGUUCUCUGAUCAGUUCUGCUUGGUGCUUAGGAACGAGGCUGUGACGAUUUGGAAACGGUUGGGGGAGGCGGUUAGAGGUAUAUUCAUGGAGCUUGAGAAUCUGAUCAGGAGAGAUCCGGCGAAAGCCGCUGUUCCCGGGGGUGGGCUCCACCCGAUCACUCGGUAUGUGAUGAACUACCUCCGCGCGGCGUGCAGGUCGAGACAGACGUUGGAGCAAGUGUUUGAGGAAAGCAACGGUGUGCCGUCGAAAGACUCGACUCUGUUGACUGUGCAGAUGUCUUGGAUCAUGGAGCUUUUGGAGAGUAACCUGGAAGUGAAGUCCAAAGUGUAUAAAGAUCCGGCGUUGAGCUAUGUGUUUCUGAUGAACAAUGGGAGAUACAUUGUGCAGAAAGUGAGAGACGGUGAGCUUGGGGUGCUGUUAGGAGAGGAUUGGAUUCGGAAACACAACGCUAAAGUGAAACAGUACCAUGUGAGUUAUCAGAGAAGCUCGUGGAAUAAAAUGGUUGGGUUGCUGAAGGUGGACAGCGCGGCGGCGGGGAUGAACGGGUUAGGGAAAGCGAUGAAGGAGAAGCUGAAAGAGUUUAAUACGCAGUUUGAGGAGGUUUGUAAAGCUCACUCGACGUGGGUGGUGUUUGACGAGCAGAUGAGAGAGGAGCUAAGAAUCUCACUGGCUAAGCUGCUGUUGCCGCCGUAUGGGAACUUCAUUGGAAGGUUUCAGAACCUUGGAGAUAUAGGGAAAAACGCAGAUAGGUACAUUAAGUAUGGUGUUGAGGAUAUAGAGGCGCGUGUUAACGAGCUGUUCAAAGGGACAACGACCGCAAGAAAGUGAAGGUACGUAUGACACAGAGAGCUCCCACUUGUAAGAUGUUUGUAAGCGAACCACAUUGCUUGUGGCCAGUAGAGAGAGUCUUGCAGGUUGAUUUGUAAAAUGUAUCGUUUUGAACAGCUCUAUGUUAGUGUUUGUGUUAUGUUGUAUUGUAUUAAAAAGAAGAAGUGGUCGAAGCGUAUGACGUGAA